GUGAUGUGGCAGCUCUGGAUCGUAGUCGCGGUGUUCGCCGCAGCCCGCGCCGACAACACCACCCUUCGCUACGAGGCACCCGAGGACUGCAACUGGUGGCUCAGGGACCCGGAGGAGGUUGCUCUCUCCUGUUCUCUUCGCACUAUCAACUCCGAAUACGACACUACCAACUUCACCGUUAUCCCACCCGAGCACACUACCGCUUUGAGGAUACGAUGUGACCAUAAUAUCAUGUCCCGUAGUACAUUAGACCAAAGGAGUUUUGCUCAUCUAGCCAAACUCAGAGAACUGGAUUUGGAAUAUUGCAAACUGACGAAACUUGUCAAUGGAGUGUUCGACGGCCUAGAAGACCUCAGAAGUCUCUCCAUCCGGACUCACAACACCGAUUAUCCAGCAUUUAGCCUAGAAUUGUCGCCUGACACCUUCGCAUCAGUGAAGCAAUUAGAAAAGCUAGACCUAGGACUGAACAAUAUUUGGUCUUUCCCGGAAAACAUAUUUUGUCCCAUGACCCAGUUAGUAAGCCUUAACGUGAGUGGUAAUCGACUACAAGACAUCAGCGACCUGGGUUUCAGAGAGAAGACGCCACCUCCACAACCUCUGAUCAGCGGUCCGGAAGCGGGCGCUAGUGAAGAUAAGACCAUCCAGACACCUUGUACUAUGGAUAUUCAAGUCCUAGAUAGCUCAGGUAAUCAUUUUGUAUUAAUGCCUAUGAACGGUUUUAGCGCCCUUCGAAGACUUAAAGAGUUAUACAUUCACGACAAUGAAAUUUCCAUGGUAACGGACAGGGCGCUCGCCGGACUUCGACACCUGACUCAUUUCGAUCUGUCCAACAAUAAAGUUGUAGCUCUCCCACCCGAAUUGUUUAGGGAAUGUGCCGAUUCGAUAAAAGAAAUAUAUCUACGGAACAAUUCCAUAAGUGUCCUUUCUCCGGGCCUAUUUGCCAAUCUCAAUCAGCUGAUAGCGUUAGAUCUGUCAAGGAAUCAACUCACAAGUGCUUGGAUAAAUAGUGGAACAUUUUCCGGUCUUAUUCGCCUCGUUUUGUUGAAUUUAUCCUAUAACAAAAUAUCGAAACUAGAUCCUUCAUUUUUUCAUGAUCUGUAUACCCUUCAGAUUUUAAAUUUAGAACACAACUCAAUUGAAGCCAUAUUACCGGACACAUUUACGCCAAUGAAUAAUUUACACACAUUGGUUUUAUCUCAUAACAAAAUCAGUUAUCUCGAUGCCUAUGCUUUAAACGGCCUAUACGUAUUGAGCCUUUUAUCAAUGGACAGUAAUCAGUUAGAAAAUAUUCACGCCGAAGCCUUCAAAAACUGUACUAGCCUCCAAGACCUCAAUUUGAACGGUAAUAAAUUGGCACAGGUGCCACUGGCACUCCGUGACAUGAGGUUAUUAAGAACAGUCGACCUCGGGGAGAACUACAUCUCGAACGUUGAUGUGCCGGGCUUUGUCGGCAUGACCAACCUGUACGGCCUCCGCUUAAUAGGAAAUUAUGUGACCAACAUUAGCCAAACAACCUUCGCCGAUCUUCCUUCAUUACAGAUAUUAAACCUGUCACGGAACAAGAUACGAAAAAUACAAAGCGGAGCCUUUGAUGUCAACCACAACCUCCAGGCAAUCCGGUUAGAUGCUAAUCAAUUGACCCACAUGAAGGGUAUCUUUUCCGACGUUUCCAGCCUCGUCUGGCUCAACAUCUCAGAUAAUAACAUUCAGUGGUUCGAUUACUCUCUCCUUCCACCCGGCCUGCAAUGGCUAGAUUUACACAAGAACAACAUCGCUGAGCUUGAAAACAUUUACAACUUGGGAGCGGAACUCAAACUUCAAACAUUAGAUGUGAGUUUUAACAAACUUACCAAAGUAACGGCUGCUUCAAUCCCCGAUAGCGUUGAGCUGUUAUUUAUGAAUGAUAAUCUAAUCACUUCUGUUGAGCCACACACGUUUAUAAAGAAAACAAAUCUUUCAAGAGUUGAUUUAUAUGCCAACCAAAUCGAGGGGAUGGAACUCAGCGCUCUUUACUUGACACCCGUUGCAAAAGAUCGCCCUCUUCCAGAAUUUUACAUUGGAGGCAAUCCUUUUCAAUGCGAUUGUACAAUGGAAUGGCUUCAGAGGAUUAAUCAGUUGGACUACCUCCGUCAACAUCCUCGUGUUAUGGACUUAGAAGCGAUAUACUGUAAGCUUUUGUACAAUCGAGAAAGGCUAUAUAUUCCUUUAGUAGAGGCGGAAUCAUAUCAGUUUCUGUGUUCGUAUAAGACGCACUGUUUUGCACUCUGUACAUGUUGCGAUUUUGAUGCGUGUGAUUGUGAAAUGACUUGUCCUCAGAACUGUACUUGUUAUCAUGAUCAGUCAUGGGCUGCAAAUAUCGUAGAUUGCACCUCAGUGGGCUAUACUCAAAUUCCAAGUAGUAUCCCAAUGGAUGCAACAGAAGUUUACUUAGAUGGUAACAGCUUUGGAAAGUUGACUAGCCAUUCUUUUAUUGGUAGAAAAAAUUUAGUAGUGCUGUACGCUAAUAAUUCAAAUAUAGUCGCGGUUUAUAAUCAUACAUUCACGGGGCUUAGAAGAUUAGUUAGUCUGCACUUAGAAAGUAACCAUAUUAAAGAACUAUUAGGGUUCGAAUUCGCUAGUUUGAUAAGCUUAAAAGAACUGUAUCUCCAUAGCAAUUUGAUAGAAUACAUCGAUAAUAGAACCUUCACUGGCCUAAAACAGCUUGAAAUUCUACGUCUUGAUAAUAAUAGACUUUUAAAAUUUGAAGUUACACAGUUCAGUGCGAAUCCCUAUCUAGUAGAAAUCAGUUUAUCAGGAAAUCCUUGGUCCUGUGACUGCAAAUAUCUACAAGAUUUGAGUGGUUGGUUAGGUACACAUUAUGCUAAAGUCAUCGAUGCCAAGCAUAUUUCCUGUGUUAUGAACAAUCGUACAAAUUCGCUUGGAAGUGUUGUAAAGGAUUUUAAUUCCACUUCCUGUUCUCCUUAUGCAGGAGGUUCUAGAGGGAUAGUGGAUAGGAAAGUUCUACAAGACUAUAUACCGCUUGUACUUUUGGCAUCUCUAGCUUUCAUAGCAUGCGUGAUUUUAUUUUGCGGGUUAUUUGUAUAUGGCAGAGAACUGAGAAUUUGGGUUUACUCCAGUUGUGGGCUGAGGAUGUGCUAUAGAAGUCCGGGGUUUGAAGACGACAGCGACAGAAUUUUUGAUGCUUACAUAACCUACUGCGUCAAAGAUGAAGGGUUCGUCACUCAAGUCCUAGCUCCGGGUCUUGAGUCUCAGUUCCGAUUGUGCCUCCACUACCGCGACUUCAACUUGACCGCUUACGUGGCUGACACAGUUACCGAGGCGGUCGAAUCCUCCAAGCGGACAAUUGUGGUCAUAUCAAGGAACUUUCUAGUCUCCGAGUGGGGUAGGUUCGAGUUCAAGUCUGCCCUACAUGAGUUGCUGAAGGAGAGGAGGCGAAGAUUGGUAGUGGUGCUCCUAGGAGACCUGAGUCCCCAUGAGAUGGACCCAGAGCUAAGGCUCUACUUGAAGGCCAACAUCUGCCUGCACUGGGGCGAGCGGCACUUCUGGGAGAAGCUCCGUUUCGCGAUGCCAGAGCCGUCCAGGCGGCCUGCCUGCCUUCCGCCUCAGGAACAGCAGCCCAAACUCGUCCUUGAACCUCAUCUUCUCUGGGCAUAGCGACUACAAUACUACAGGUAUCGCCAAGGAAGAGGGCGGAUUAGAAGAAAUGACGAUUACUGUGAUACUACAUUAACAUAUUCUUGACUGUAUAUUUUUCAUUAAAUUUAAAUUAAGGUUGAAGUUUUCCUAUUUAAGCUUUGUUAUAUGGCAUGC